CCGACAUCUACCAGAGCGGGUUAUGCGCCAGUUUGGCUUCAUACAGGACAUCCCUCGACACCCCUCUGAGAUCCAGACGACGGGGUCCCUUGCUGAGACCACAGAUGCUGCCUAUGCUGAGUUUGAGCCGCACCUCCGCCCUCAGGGGAUACCUGCUACAUAUCCGGGAGAGGCGGUGGAGGGUUACAUGAGGUGGUAUAGCAGAGUGUCCCAUGUGUUCAUCAUCCCUGAGGAUAGGAGGGAGGAGCUUAGUGCCGUGUCUGCCAUACGUAGGGGUGUGGAGUUGUUGGAGCAGUCCCUGGAGGUGCCAGGUGCUCUUGCUCCAGGGACACAGCCCCGAAUCCUCACGGAGAGGCCGCUCGAUCUCUUUCGACGGAGUUCCUUCGUUGGUACCCAGGGAGUUGCCUUUUCUGCUAUUCGAGGAGCCGCAUCUGCGGGAGGCAGAGCUCGUGGAGGCAGAACUCGUGGAGGCAGAGCUCGUGGAGGCCGACCCCGUGGAGGCGGAGCUCGUGGAGGCAGAGCUCGUGGAGAGGGUGAUCCUGGAGAGGGUGUUCGUGGAGGUCGAGCUCGUGGACCCAGAGGUCGCAGGGGGCGGGGUCGGGGAGAGUGAUUUGAUUACACUUGUUAUGUGGGAUCCAUUAUUAUGUAUAUGUUAGGACUUUUUAUGUUAUGUUAUGACUCUUGCCUCGUUUUAUUUACAUGUGUUAUAUUUUUAGUCUUAAUAUUAUGACUCUUAUAAUGAAAAAAACAGAAACAACGACAACAUAUAAAUAAUUCAAAGCAUGUAGUAAUCCAUGACAAUAAGUUAAACGGUUACACAACCAAAUUAAACAUAAGCAACACCGAAAACAAAAUUAUUCCUCUGUGAUAUCGAUGAAGUCAUGGGGUCCGCAAUCUUUUGGGAAUACCUUCACUAGGUUGGGCAAUGUUAUAUUAAGAUAACAAACAGUUCCUCUAGGUGCAAACACAG